CUCCCCUGUCACCACCUCUUCGCUAUGAGGAUCACAUACAACGGUUUUUGCUGUGUUUUCAACUCGCAAUUCAGUCCUGAGGAUAGCAAGAAUCCCGUCGCUAGGCAGGACUCCUUAGGUUCUGAUUCGGGACUGUUCUUUGUGGUGAAAGAUAACUUCCACGAUCACGCCUACGUCCGCCGUCCGGGGCGUGAUGUUGAGGUUCUCCUAUUUGAUGGCAACCAGUAUCCCAUGAUGGAGGGUCCCGGCAUCAGGUCUUACCCGGCUCAACAUAACGCCUCCGUUUUCUUCAAACUUAGCGUGAACAAGCAGACGGCGAGUCCUUCUCUGAAAAGAUACAGCGACGCUCGGCGAGGUUGCCAUAUGCCUACAAGCAGAGAUGAGCGCCAACGCAAUGAAGUGGAGUGCCUGAUGAGGUGCCGUCGGCGCGCGGUGCUAGCGCUGUGCUCGUGUGUUCCGCACACUCUGCAGCCCGCUGUCAGCGACACAAUCUGCACGCCCGAGCACCUGCCCUGCCUUCACAAACAUCGAGAGAAGUUCACGCUGUAUUUCCCCGGGCAGCAGUGGACUGGUAGUCUGUCAGAGGAGGUGUCCGACUCCAUCAAUUGCGAGCUCUGUCUGUUCGACUGCGAGCGACUCAACUACGUCACCAACAUCAACCACGUGCACUACCACUUCUAUGAGUCGCAUAAGAUGUUCUACAAUAAGUUUGUAAACGGACUUCAAACUAUGGGAAAUGUUUCCGUCAUAAGAAUAUUCUACUCUAACGAAGAUCCGGUUAUGCUGGUGGUCGAACCGAGACUGCGCUGGUUCGAGACGAUAGCUCUGAUGGGAAGUCAGUGGUUGUUUCUGAGCGGCGUGGUGGUGUUGGGCUGGGUGGAGCUACUCUACCACCUCACUGUCAGGUGGUGGCACCACUACCGCCGCCGUGGGCCGAACGCGUUCGCCAACACACGCCAAAACCAACACCGCUAAUAGCCUAAAAACAUCAUCGGAUUUGGUGCAGCCGAACCAUCGGACGCGGUCUGGUAACGGACCAAAUACUACGGUAUGUCGUUUGGCCAUCACACAAAAUUAUAAUUAUUGCCGUGCGGAGCGACGCCGAUUGGUGCGAGGCACCCACCGGACCAUCCGAUGAUGGUGCGGCCGUACCAAAUCCGAUCAUGUGUGUUAUGCUGUAUUUAUUAAUAUGUGGAAUUUAUUUUACUGAAAAAUACAUAAAAAGAAAGUG